UUUAUCGGGACCUCUCCGGAUGUUGAAGAUUUUCGUCCGGCACUUGUCGCUAAUUGUGUCUUCAACGGCUGUUUGUCUUGUACAACCAUCAUUUUGAACAUCGUUACCAUCCAUGCGAUAAGGAAAACCACGUUGUUGCCAAAACCUUUGAGAACAUUAUUACUGAGCCUGGCUGUCUCCGAUGUUGGUGUUGGUUUAUUAGUCCAGCCUUUCUACAUUUCUACUAUGGUCACCUGGUUAAAACAAAAACGUAUCGACUGCAUUUACUACAAGAGAUUGAUGGCUGUUAUGAAAUUCUUUUGUGUAUCCUCGGUCUGUAAUGUUGUAACCAUAAGUUUGGACAGGUUCUUAGCGGUUCAUCUUCACCUCAGAUAUCAAGAGCUUGUGACUCACAAGCGCGUCAUUGCAGCGGUGAUAUCAAUAUGGCUGUUUAGCGCAGUCAUUUCUUCUAGUGUCUUUUGGGAUCCAUUGCUUAUUAGCUCCCUAGUCAUUGGGUUCGUGAUUAUGACUGUUUCCCCCAUUGUAGUAUUAAUUGCGUACUGGAGGAUUUAUAGAGUCUUAAAGCGACACGAAAUCCAGAUUGAAGGCCUUCAAAUCCAAGAACUACAACAGGGAGUUCAAAAUGGCGACUUAUCAAACUUUUUGCGGAAGCUUAGAAAGUCAGUUCUGGGAACAUUUCUUGUAUGCAUUGUGUUCUUACUUUGUUAUUUGCCUUGCUUUAUUCUCUCCGUUUUACUCAUAGCUCGCCUUUUAAGUGCAAGCUGUUUUUACGUAGCUCGACUCUAUGAAAUGACUUUGUUUUUCCUACACUCGUCUUUGAACCCUGUUAUGUAUUGUUGGAAGAUGAGACCCAUUCGUCGCACUCUCAUGGACAUUAUGCGAAGUAUCGUCAAUCGGUUCAGAAAAUAG